GCCUCACCUCGCUGAACACCAAUAGUCAGGACCGAGGUAGGGCAAUCGGGGAUACAGACUAGCAAACGGAACUACCGGCGCCGAUAAUAAUGGUGAACGAGACGGCCACGCGGUUACCCGGGGAUGUAGAGAGGGGGGCUUCCCAUUCAGGUCCAGACACGGACUCGUCGUCGCUCCCGGAGGGUGGAGAUGGUGAGAAGCGGGACGGCGACGAUACAGCGGCUGGCCGCGGGAACGGUGACGGUGACGGAAACGCAAACGGCAUGCUCUCGAGAGUCGUCAGUCGCGUCCUGACCAAAGCAAGCACCAAGUCGAGCUGGAACCCUGGCCCGCCGCCCGACGGCGGGAUGCAAGCGUGGAUGGCCGUCGCCAGCACACACCUCGUGGUGAUGAACACCUGGGGCUUCAUCACCUCCUUCGGCCUGUUCCAGACCCACUACACCGCCUCGCUCGGCCGCCCGCCCUCCGACAUCUCCUGGAUCGGCUCGCUGCAGAUCUUCCUGCUGUUCUUUGUCGGCGCCCUGACCGGCCGCCUGACCGACGCCGGCUACUUCCGCCACGUGUUUGCCCUCGGCGCGGCGUUUCAGAUCGUGGGCAUCUUUACGGCUUCGGUCGCUACCAGUUAUUGGCAGGUCCUCCUCGCGCAGGGGAUAUGCAUGGGCCUGGGGAACGGGUGUCUGUUUUGUCCGUGCAUCUCGACGCUGUCGACGUAUUUCAGUACCAGGAGGGCCAUUGCGAUGGGCAUUGCGGCGAGCGGCACGGCCACGGGCGGGUUGGUCUUCCCCAGCAUGGUCCGGCAGCUGCUGCCGACCCAGGGGUCUGCGGCGGCGAUGCGCGCGAUCGGGUAUGUGCAGCUCGCUACGUUUGCGGUGGCGCUGGUGGGGUUGAAGAGGAGGAUUCCGGCUAGGAGGAGCGGGCCAUGGGUGGAGUGGAAGGCGUUUAAGGAGGGCGAGUAUACGCUUUAUGCGCUGGGGAGUUUCUCGUUCUUCCUCGGACUGUACUUUGCCUUCUACUACAUCUCGUCCUUCAGCCGGGACAUCAUCGGCAUGCGCUACACCGACAGUCUGAACUUGCUGCUGGUCAUCAACGGCGUCGGCUUGCCCGGCCGCCUGAUCCCCAACUACAUCGCCGACCGCGUCGGGCCCCUCAACGCCAUAAUCCCGACCGUCGGCAUUGCCGGCAUCUGCCUGUUCUGCUGGAUGGCGGUCGGGUCCACGGCGGGACUGUACGUCUGGUGCGUCUUCUACGGCAUGGCCGCCGGCGGCAUCCAGAGCCUGUUCCCCGCGGGGCUCAGCAGCCUCACGACCGACCUGCGCAAGGCCGGCGUCCGCAUGGGCAUGGUGUUCACCAUCGUCAGCUUUGCGUCGCUGGCCGGGCCGCCCAUCGCCGGCGCCAUCAUCACGGCUGAGGGAGGCAGCUACUACGGCGCUCAGGCCUUUGCUGGGGCUACGCUGGUGCUUGGGAUGGUCUUGAUGGCUGCUGCGAGGAUGGUCAAAGCGAGGAGGCUGAUGCAGGAGGCGGGUAAGGUUGGGUCGCCGUGGCGUGUUAAGGUUUAGCUGGAGUCUGGCCGGAAAAAGGCUGUUACGGUUCGAGUGGGACGGGCGGACAUGUAGACCAAGAUCCCUACGGGAUAGUACAUUUAAUGCUAGAAUUCAGACAUAGAUCUAUACGGCACCUUGUGCAGGACUGAGCGCAGAGGGCUAAUGUAACGAGCACUGUGAUUACUAGCUUAGCACUGUUUCACUCUAGACAUAAAUCCUGACGCCAGCCCAGGC